CCUGUCCUUCUGGCGGAACGUGCAACCUACUGGGGACAGCCGAGCUAUGGCAGCCCUUCUGAGACCCGCACGCUGGCUUCUCCGUGCCGGUGUGGUUCCGCGCCUCCCGCUGUCCAUGCGCCUACUCGCUGGCGGCCCGGGCCGGCCGCACGCCGCCGUCUGUCAGCCCGCAGCUCGCGCCGCGCCUGCCGCCGGAGGGCCACUGAGCCAGGCCAGGCCGUAUGCCAUUGCUGCUGAGAAAAAGAAUUAUGUUGCAGAGGAGUCCACUUCUUCCCCAAGAAGGAAUGCCAGUCAGUUUGAUUGGGCUCUGAUGAGACUGGAUAAUUCUGUCCGCAGAACUGGCCGCAUCCCAAGGACUCUCCUACAGAAAGUCUUUGACAACGCCUGUCACUCAGGUUGCCCAGGCGGUAACCAUGCCUUGCUUCUGCUGCGCAGCUGCGGCUCUCUCUUACCCGAACUGAAGUUCCCCGAGAGGACAGAGUUGGUUCAUAGGAUAUGGGACAAACUUCAGAAAUUGGGUACUGUGUAUGAUGUAAGUCACUAUAAUGCUUUACUUAAAGUCUACCUUCAAAACGAGCAUAAAUUUUCACCAACCGACUUCUUGGCAAAAAUGGAAGAAGCAAACAUUCAACCAAAUCGAGUAACAUACCAAAGAUUGAUUGCUGCUUACUGUAAUAUGGGAGAUAUUGAAGGUGCCAGCAAGAUUCUUGGAUUUAUGAAAACCAAGGACCUUCCGGUCACAGAGGCUGUUUUCAGUGCCCUUGUCACGGGGCACGCGAGAGCUGGAGAUAUGGAGAAUGCAGAGAACAUUCUCACAGUGAUGAAAGAGGCUGGGAUUGAGCCUGGUCCAGACACAUAUCUAGCCUUAUUGAAUGCAUAUGCUGAGAAGGGUGACAUUGACCAUGUUAAACAGACCCUGGAGAAGGUGGAGAAGUCUGAUCUUUACCUUAUGGAUCGUGAUUUAUUGCAAAUUAUCUUCAGCUUCAGUAAAGCUGGAUAUCCUCAAUAUGUCUCAGAAAUUUUGGACAAAAUUACAUAUGAAAGAAGAUAUAUUCCAGAUGCAAUGAACCUUAUUUUGCUUUUAGUCACUGAAAAAUUGGAAGAUACAGCAUUUCAAGUUUUAUUAGCAUGUCCUGUAUCAAAGGAAGAUGGUCUGAGCGACUUUGGCAGUUUCUUUUUACGGCACUGUGUGACUAUGAAUACGCCUGCAGAGAAGCUGAAAGAUUACUGCAAGAGGUUGAAGGAAGCCCAGUUGCACACAUCUCCUCUGCAGUUCACACUCCAGUGUGCUUUAGCAGCCAGUAAAACCGAUUUGGCAAAAGCUCUGAUGAAGGCUCUGAAGGAAGAAGGUUUUCCUAUCAGAAUUCAUUACUUCUGGCCCUUGCUAGCUGGACAUCUGAAGCAGAAAAAUGUUCAAGGUAUAGUGGAAGUCCUCAAAGGAAUGCAUGAAAUGGGAGUAAACCCUAACCAGGAGACAUACAUAAAUUACGUGUUUCCAUCCUUUGAUAGUAUAAAGUCAGCUCGUGCUGUUUUGCAGGAAAAUGGAUGUCUACUUGAAAGUAAUGUGUUUUCUCAAGCUGAAUUGAAAAGUGAAGCAGUAAAUGGGAACUUGGACCAUGUUUUAUCAUUUUUGGAAUCAAAUACAUUGCCUUUCUCGUUUACUUCUUUGCGAGGCAGCCUAAUUCUAGGCUUUAGGAGGUCUAUGAAUAUAAAUCUUUGGAGCAAGAUAACGGAACUGUUGUACAAGGACAGACGUUAUUGCCAGGAGCCUCCGGGACCGGCGGAAGCUGUUGGCUAUUUUCUUUAUAACUUGAUUGACAGCAUGAGUGACUCAGAGGUACAGGCCAAGGAGGAGCGUUUGAGACAAUACUUCCAUCAGCUGAAGGAGAUGAAUGUAAAAAUUCCUGAAAAUCUCUACAGAGGCAUUCGUAAUCUACUGGAUAGCUACCAUGUUCCUGAAUUAAUUAAGGAUGUUAAUGUGUUGGUUGAAAGAGAAAAGACAGACUCUCGAAAAACUAUGCAGCUUUCAUCAUUGGAUUUGGAGCCUACACUUGAAAAACUAAAAGCUGAAAAUCAACCUAUAGGAGAUGUCCUAAAGCAACUCAUAUUAAUGCUUUGUUCAGAAGAGAACAUGCAGAAAGCUCUUGAAUUGAAAGCAAAAUAUGAAUCAGACAUGUCUGUCGGUGGCUAUGCAGCUCUGAUAAAUCUGUGCUGUCGACACGAUAAUGCAGACGAUGCACUGAACCUGAAACAGGAAUUUGACCGUUUAGAUUCAUCUGCUGUCCUUGACACCAGCAAAUAUAUAGGCCUUGUAAGAGUGUUGGGAAAACAUGGCAAACUCCAAGAUGCUAUUAACAUUCUAAAGGAAAUGAAAGAGAAGGAUGUUCUUAUCAAAGACGCAACAGUCUUGUCCUUUUUUCACAUCCUAAAUGGAGCAGCUUUGAGAGGUGAAACUGAAACAGUAAAACAGUUACACGAAGCCAUCAUGACUCUAGGGUUAACGAAACCAUCCACCAUCAUAAGUUCCCCAUUGGUUACUGUGUAUCUGGAAAAGGAUGACUUACCUGCUGCUCUUGAAGCCACCAUUGGAUGCUAUGAAAAGUAUAAAGUAUUACCGAGGAUUCAUGAUGUCUUAUGUAAAUUGAUAGAGAAAGGCGAGACUGAUCUAAUUCAGAAAGCAAUGGACUUUGUGAGCCAAGAGCAAGGUGAAAUGACAAUGCUCUAUGAUCUCUUCUUUGCCUUCCUACAGACGGGAAAUUACAAAGAGGCCAAAAAGAUCAUUGAGACUCCAGGCAUUAGAGCUCGGCCUGCAAGGCUCCAGUGGUUUUGUGAAAGGUGUAUUUCAAAUAAUCAGGUCGAAACUCUAGAAAAAUUAGUGGAGCUGACACAGAAGCUAUUUGAAUGUGACAGAGACCAGCUGUACUACAAUCUGCUAAAACUGUACAAAAUAAAUGGUGACUGGCAAAGAGCUGAUGCUGUCUGGAAUAAAAUGCAAGAAGAAAAUAUCAUUCCUCGUGGGGAGACAUUAAGGUUAUUAGCAGAAAUCCUUAGAAACAAUAAUCAGGAGGUUCCCUUCGAUGUACCUGAGUUGUGGUAUGAGGAUGAAGAACAAGCCCUGAAUUCCUCAGCACCCUCCGUUGGAGAAACUAAUUUCCAGAAAGAUCUGUUGCGUGCCUGCCAACAGAGGAGAAGCAAAGAUGCGUAUAGUAUUUUCCUGAAAGCACAAAAGCAAGAUGUUGUGUUCGACAGUGAAACUUACAACAGACUCAUACAAUUACUGUUGACGAAGGACAGCUUCACAGAGGCGAUGAAAGUGAAAGAUUGCGCUGAGACCCACAUCAAGGGCUUCACACUGAACGAUGCUGCCAACAGCCUCCUCAUCAUAACGCAAGUUAGGCGGGAUUAUUUGAAAGAGGCGCUCACGACACUGAAAACGGUCUUCGAUCUGAGGCAGACCCCUUCGCGGGUGGCGGUCACCCGCCUGAUUCAGGGCUGUGCUUUGAAGGGGGAUUUAGAAGGCGUACACACAAUUCAGAAGAUGGUAAAUGGACUUGAAGAUUCGAUUGGGCUUUCAAAUAUGGUUUUCAUCAAUAACAUUGCUUUGGCACAAAUAAAGAACAAUAACAUUGAUGUUGCAAUAGAAAACAUUGAAAAUAUGCUUACUUCGGGGAGUCAAGCUGUGGAAGCCCAGUACUUUGGCCUGGCGUACUUAUUCAGAAAAGUGAUAGAGGAGCAGUUGGAACCAGCUCUUGAAAAGUUAAGAAUCAUGGCAGAGAGGUUGGCCAAUCAGUUUGCAGUAUACAAACCAGUCACUGACCUUUUCCUUCAGCUUGUGGAUUCAGGCAAGGGGGAUGAUGCCAGAGCUCUCCUACAGAGAUGCGGAGCAAUUGCUGAACAAACCCCAAUUUUCUUGGUGUUCUGUGUGAGGAAUUCUCGGAAACCAGGAAAGGCACAAACGUUGAAAUCUUUGUUAGAAUUGAUUCCUGAAUUAACUGAAAAGGAAGAAGCAUACACUUCCAUCAUGAAAAGCUACGUGUUGGACAGUGAUGUCUCGUCUGCCAAAGCGCUGUAUGAAAGUUUGACCGCAAAGAAUAUAAAAUUGGAUAAUCUGUUUCUAAAACGUUAUGCAGUUCUGCUGAAGAAGGCUGGAGAGUCUGUGCCUUUUGCUGAACCCCCUGAAAGCUUUGAAUUUUACGCAAAGCAGCUAAAGGAAUUACGGGCAAACCCUUUGUGAAACAAGCAAGCACUACUUUGUUUUGUGUGUACUUGUGACUCUGUGUCUAAAAUGUUAUUUUUUAAAUGUAUUUGAAAGGACAAAAAUAAAUAAAUGAAACGUCAGUCUGUGUAUCGCUGGUAUUUAUUUGUAAUAGGGGAUAUGAUAUACUCAAAAUCUUAUUGACAGUAACUGUGUGCGCUUCGUCACCAGAGUGUCGGGGCUUUGCCUGUGACAGAAACCUGUGGCAUUUCUGUGGCAUUUUGGGGUUCCUCCUGUGUGGAGCCAUAAUUUUUCAGAGCCUUCUUCCAAUUGACUCUGUAAAUCCUGUACUUAAUUUCAUUUAUUGUUUUCAUAAGAGGUUAUUUAUUUAGGACUUGUUAAUAUUGUUCCUUUGAAAAAUUUUGGAGCUGGACAAAAUAAGGUUCAAUGAGCUUUCUGAUGCUUGGUGUUCUGUUCCCUAUCAGUUCUUUACAUGCGGGAAGCUGUGAGUAAUUUUCCAUUUUGUAAAGUGUUGGCACUGGAAGGCAUCUCCCCAGUCGUCAGAUCUAGUGCUCAUCGUUGUGCAGCGAGACGCAGAGACUCAAGGAGACUGUUGCUCGCCCUGGUCUGGGUUCUGUCUGCCGGCGCCGGAGGCUCCUCACCUGGCUUCACCUUCUAGCACAGUGGCUUCCGGGAGCCUCCGUGCGCAGGAGUCUCUGAAACUGAGCCUCAUUCGUGAGUUUGAUCGUGAGUUUGAUCGUGAAAUGGAGCAAGGCGUUUCCUCCCGUUUUGGUUUCGUGUCUUUGUCAGCAGAAAAUACAUCCAAUACUGGGCUUGGCCCUUUAUACUCAUAUUCUAUAAAUACAUGAUUUAAUACACAAAGGAGUGAAAUCUUGGUUGGUAUUUAGCUUUUUCAAAGUUACCCCCAAAACGGGCUUCCACACCUGUCACCACAUUGCAAGUGGUGGCUGUGAAAGAAUUGAAGGUGGUAGUCAAAACAGUUUGCCAUUACAAAGGAAUGGGGAUUAGGUCAUUAAUUACUAAAGAAGUUGAAAAUGUUUUGUUUGAGAAUUAUCCCCAUUUUGCGGUGUUCCUCGUCUAUUUGAAAUUGGUGACCACCUACUGUGUUGGUUUCGGGGACCCCUCACCUGGUCCCACUGCUCCCUCGAGGGGCGGCCUUGCCUCGGGGGAGGAAGCGGGCCUUGGCUGCUGGAGCUGCUGACCUGUGCCUCUCGGGGCCAGCCUCCCUGCAACCGGAGCCCAAGGAUGGCUUGAGAGGGAGGGAUGGUGGAGGAAAGCCCAGAAAUAAAUGUUACAGCGCUGGCCAUGCUUUUCUUCACCUUUCUUCUCCUUAGACCUAAGGACUCGGGCCCAGCCAGUGCCCGGCCCGGCCUGGAGGACUCCCCGACACUCUCCUCUGUGCACCCCAGAGGGCAGGACCUGCACCUGCCGGAGUCUCGGUGUCGUCUGACUGCCGUGAGCCUCACGCCAUCAGUGAUUCCACUGAUGCAGGCCUUGGUUUUUGCAGUUCUGCUCAUAGUUGAGCUAAGUUUUACUCCUGUUCUUUUACCUAGGUCUCUAAAGUAAGGUGUAACCUUGGGGCGUACUUGGGCUUCACAGUCACCCGUGGGGACACUGAGUACAAUCUCAGUGACACGAAGCGACUCCAGGCCAGCGGUGCAUGUGGACCCUGGUAACCGUGGCUGUAGUGCAGACAGAGAGUGGGCACAACUCCCCACCCGGCGUUCUAAACACAGGGCCGGAAAACACAACGUGCAGUGAC